ACUUCUCAUUCAGUCCAGCAGAUCCUCGAGAUGAUUGAAUUGCCCCGUAAAUACUGCAGAUUUUAUUUCAUGACUUUGCGUGGGUGUGAAAGAGGAAAAUGUUGGUUUUGGCAUGUUCCUGAACAAGGGGAUGAAAAGCCAGCUGUAGAUGUCCUUCUGAAAGUCUUUGAGCAUGUGGCUUCUUUGAAUAUAAGAGACGCUGUGCCUACGUUAAUCAGUACCUUUUGUAAGCUUAUUGAUGCUGGUAUGUUCCUUGAGUUUGAACAUUUUGACUAUAUUAUUAAGUUCCUUCACCAACUGCAAGUUUCCAGUCAGGAAGUAAAUACUGUUUUGAACAUAAAAUCCAGAUUUCAAGAAAGACAUUUUGAAAAGAACUGGCUUUUUGACUUCAACUUGGCAGUAGCUGAAAUUCAGUAUUGCAAGGAAAAAAGUGAUUGGACCAAGCUAGGAGCUUUGUAUGUUAAUGCGAGAACUGGAUGUGAACAUUUUGAUGAUGUUCAGAAGUUGUCUUUGUGUAUCGCUGAAAUACUAACCAGUGAUUCUGAGACAGACAGACCAGGAGUUCCUUUUUGUGAUUUUGCUGAUGCAGUAAUAAAAAAUUCACAACAUAAUGAAGCAGACAGAAUUUUCAUUGGAAGGACUGGGAUAAGUGUAAUGUAUUCUUAUCACAAAGUACUGCAGUGGAUAAAGGGAAGGAAGGUUUUGGAUAAAUUGCAUGAGCUACAGAUAGAUUUUACAGUCUUGAAAGGACUUAUAGGUGCAGAGAGUUUAGCAUCAAGAUGUCAAAUUGUUAAUAAAGCUGCAGAAAUUUUUCUUAAAACUGGAAGUUUGGAUGGAGCGACGUGGGUAUUGAGAGAAUCAGAGUGGACCACAGAUGCACCAUUGUGGCCCUGUGAUAAAAUGGACAUCUUCAGUCGACAUAAUCUGUUAUGUACGUUAGUGCACAAAUACUUGAGGAAGAGUUUAUACAGGCAGGCACUUGAAGUUCUGCAGAACUUACCAGGUUUUCAAAAUCAUUCUGAUACUGUGGAUGUUUCCCAGUACAGCUGCCUUUUUAACAAGCUGAUAAAUGCCUGUUUUGAGAGCAAGAACCUUGGGGUCUCAUCUUCUGCAGUAGACUUCAUGCUUUCAAAAAACAUGGCUAUUGAUUUUCUUUUACUUAGAGGAUUAAUCACAGCUUUAGGAAGAAGUUCUUUGUGGUCUAAAGCUAGGACCUAUUACAAAAGUGCUUUAUCAUUGGGUUGCUACCCACCACUGCAAGGAAAUUUAUAUCACAAACUUUUGAUGAUUCCGUGUUACCUGUCUGAGGUGGAGAUGCUGUUGGCCAUUGAAAUAUUUCUUGUUUCAAAUUGCAGUGAUAUUCAAAGUCCAAUGGCUACUAGUCAGACACUUCAAAUAAUACUUAAAAGAUGUGAAGAUCAGACAGUUCAGAAUAACAGUGACUAUCAAGCUGCAGUGGGGAGACUGAUCCUGGCUGCUCGUGUAUCUGAUCCAAGGCUUUUUCUUAAGUAUAUGACAAUGAACGUUAAUAUGGAAGAAGUUUACAGCUUGGAGCUUACAUCUGCUCUAAAAUGGCUUCAGGAGAAUAUGAAAUGGGCUGGGAAGGUCUGGCUGUUUCAGUAG